UGACGAUUCACAGACAGACAGACAGACGUAAGUACCGCCGCCGCAUACUUCAUCGUAGACAAGACACCACCUCCCACCUUCUUCUCUCUUGACAAAUUUUUGAUUGACUCUUUUGAGGAGGAAGAGGCUCUUUGAGGGGGGGUCAAAGUCAGUGAGGGGGCCGGCGAUGGCGGCUAUGGCGGCGGGAAGCGGGGGGGACCAGUGGGGCCUCCACGGUCAGCGAGCUCGUCGGGAAAGCACCCCAGCUGCAGCAGCUCGAGAGCAGUUCUCUCGCACUUUGGCUAUGGCAAAGAAGGCGAGGAUCACCGUGUCGACGACGAUGUUGAUGAUGACGACGAUGGCUAUCAUCAUGGUCACCGGGUUCUUCGGGCGGCUUCCGUGCGCUCUUGCCUACACCGCUGCCGACUUCAUCAACGCUUACAAAGACCCUACUGUCGCAAAGAUCGAGGUGCCCAACGAUCUUGUCCUGACCGAGUCGCUGCCCCCCAUCUCCAGGCCGCUGUCCAUCAUCGGUGUGGGGGCGAAGCGCCCAGUCGUCAGCGGCGGGAAGCGGUUCAGCGGCAUAAACACCACCUCGGCGUUGACUUUGACCAAUCUGGAGCUGAAGGACUUCUUGACGUCCAGUCCCGGACAAGGAGCUGUUGUUUUCAGCGAUGGCGAUCAGGACACGGUGAUCCAUCGCUGCGUCUUCCGGGACAACGUGGGAGGAGCCAUAGCCUUCACAGGCGGCGGGUACCAUUUCACCAUAGUCGGAUCUUUGUGCGUUGGCAAUCGAGCUCCAUCCGCCUAUCAGUCUGGCGGAGCGCUCUCGGCGACGCUGGAAGGAGGAGGGAGCAUCACGGACACCGAGUUCCACAACAACUACGCCAAGGAGAGAGGCGGAGCCGUCGAUGUGCGUGUGGGAACGAAGAGAAUCGAACGGUGCAAGUUCGUGGGCAAUCGAGCUGACGGCCCUGGCGGCGGCGGGUUGUCCUGCUCCAGGGCCUCGUGCAUCAUCUCCAGCUCCCAGUUCCUCAACAACGUGGCCAAGGGAAUGGGAGGAGGGCUGCGCUUCUGGUCAGAUGGGGAGGGCAUCACCAGCGUGUGCACCGGCAACAGCUUCUCGAGAAACAGUGCCCUCAACGAUAGUAGGUCCGCUGACGUGUACGUAGAGCUGGUGGACGCCUCCAAUGAUUCCUAUCCCGUUGUGCACUUUUGCGACCCCACGCCUCCCCCUUCCACUCUACUCAACGCUCCCAACGGAACCGUGGUAUUCAACGACUGCGGAGAAUGCUGAGUUCGUAUAUGAGUGACUCUGUGUGUGUGUGUGUGUGUGUGUGUGUGUGUGUGUGUGUGUGUGUGUGUGUGUGUGUGUG